GGAGCGGCGCGGAGCGGGGCGGGGCGGCCGCGCCUGCGCCCGUGCCCGUGGCCGUGCCAGCGGUGCAUGCCGGGCGCCCUGCCCGCCGUGACGCUGCACAUCGCAGCCGGCGCCGCCACCGGGGCCCGCGGCCAUGGCGGGCGUGAAGGUGAUCGCCAACGACACCGAGUUCCAGCCCGAGCUGAGCGCCGCCGGCUCCCGCCUGGCCGUGGUCAAGUUCACCAUGAGGGGGUGUGGCCCUUGCCUGCGGAUCGCUCCUGCCUUCAACGCCCUCAGCAACAAAUACCCACAGGCAACGUUCCUGGAGGUGGAUGUGCACCAGUGCCAGGGCACGGCUGCCACCAACAACAUCUCGGCCACGCCCACGUUCCUGUUCUUCAGGAACAAGGUGCGAAUUGACCAGUACCAGGGCGCCGACGCCGUGGGGCUGGAGGACAAGAUCAAGCAGCACCUGGAGAACGACCCGGGCAGCAGCGAGGACACCGACAUCCCCAAGGGAUACAUGGACCUGCUGCCCUUCAUCAACAAGGCUGGCUGCGAGUGCCUCAACGAGAGCGACGAGCACGGCUUCGAGAACUGCCUGCGCAAGGACUCCUCCUACCUGGAGUCGGACUGUGACGAGCAGCUGCUCAUCACUGUAGCUUUCAGCCAGCCUGUCAAGCUUUACUCCAUGAAACUGCAGGGGCCAGACAAUGGCCAGGGACCCAAACUGAUCAAGAUCUUCAUCAACCUGCCCCGCUCCAUGGACUUUGAGGAGGCGGAGCGCAGCGAGCCCACGCAGGCGCUGGAGCUGGGCCCCGAGGACAUCCGCGAGGAGGGCAGCAUCCAGCUGCGCUACGUCAAGUUCCAGAACGUCAACAGUGUCACUUUGUUUGUCCAGUCCAAUCAUGGUGACGAGGAGACGACACGAAUCACAUAUUUCACAUUUAUUGGCACUCCAGUGCAGGCCACCAACAUGAACGACUUCAAACGAGUAGUGGGUAAGAAAGGAGAGAGCCACUAGGAAGCAGCAGCACUGGAAUUGCAGAUCCCCAGUUCCCACUUUUCUCUCCAAUCCUGGAUAACUGCUUGAGACCAGGGACUCACUUGGAUUUCCUGCCAUUCCCAAUAAAUCAUUGCUCUCUGUGCUCCUGUAAAUAAAAAUUCCUGACUUUUGCCAA